AAAAAUCCGGAGUGAAAGUAUUUCACGAGCAGUUAGGAGCCCCACUUCUCAGAGUAGUCACUGAAGCCUCGAUAGUUGCAUUGCCCACAAAACAAAUAGCACCAAAUUGGAAAGUUACGGUUCAUCAACCUUAAACAGAGGACAUUCCGUGACUGGAAGGCGUAACUAUGUUUUUCCUUUGUGACCACGGUGCGCAAAGGCUUUUUAUUGUCGCUAAAACACACUGACAGACUUUCUUUCUCAGUUUUGAAAUUUUGCUUAAGUGAACAAAGUGGACGGAGUCGCCCGCGGAGUGGGGUGCGACUGCCUGAGUGCGGGAGAGCGAUAAAGGGUUAAGGACGGAACGUGGAAAGUGCGUCUCAGCAUGGAUGAGAAUGAGCAGAGCGCAAGAGACGCGGAACAGCGAGGAGCAGCGGACGAGUCCAACAGUGCCAUUCGACCCCUUCUGCAAGCUCCAGGGAACCUGCAGCUCCCGCACAGAAUCACAAACUUCUUCAUCGACAACAUCCUGCGGCCAGACUUUGGCCGUAAGAAAGAAGCAAACAUCACGCGCGAUGAGGGCAAUCACAGCGCUCGAGAGAAUCACAACCCUACUGGUCCUAGCACGGGACAGGUGGGAAGUACUGUUCCAGCAGAGGGAACUUCCACAACGCAUACGAGCAGCGGAGGAAAGAAGGCUGAGGUAGAGAGCGAAGAGCCCCUGAAGCCCCGCGGGGAGAAUGUGGAUCAGUGCCUGGGCUCAGAAUCGGAUAGUUCACAGAGCAAUUCGAACGGACACCCUAGUCAGUCUAUGCUGUGGCCCGCUUGGGUUUACUGCACACGCUACUCGGACAGGCCAUCGUCAGGUCCCAGAUCUCGUAAACCAAAGAAGAAAAGCGCAAGUAAGGAGGACAAACGACCACGCACGGCCUUCACGGCGGAGCAGCUCCAGAGACUCAAGGCCGAGUUCCAGAACAACCGCUACCUGACCGAGCAGCGACGGCAGGGUCUGGCGCAGGAACUGGGCCUCAAUGAAUCUCAGAUCAAAAUCUGGUUUCAGAAUAAGCGGGCCAAAAUCAAAAAAGCCAGCGGCCCCAAGAACGGCCUGGCAAUACACCUGAUGGCGCAGGGACUAUACAACCACAGCACCACGUCAAAGGAAGACAAAUCAGACAGUGACUGAGACAGAGACAGCGGGGAGGGGUGGAGAUGAUGGGUGGGGUGGAAUGGGAGGGGGAGGGGUGCGCAAGGUUAUAUUUACAAUGCAAUAAUUCAAAAGAAUAAAAGGGCCAGUUAAUAAAUAUACCAGCAUUACUGACUUUAAAUAGAGGCUAUAUCGAAUUAUGUCAAAAUACAUUUAUUGAAUACAAUUCUCUUAUGAAAUAAUGGUCAAAUUAUUUCAAAAACAGGCUAGGAGCCGUUUUUUGCACUUGGACAGAGUGGCUCUCUUGAGAAACAAGUGUUUCUAUCGCUCUUCUUUGUCAUGCUAUCACCAGAACCAAGCGUUUUCCACUAUUAGCGCAACGCUCGUUUAUACAUUUAUUAGUUAUGUGGGGAAAAUGCGAAAACAUUGCUUAAGUCCAAAGAGUAUUUUCUUCUGCAUCCAGGCAACUGUGAUAUCAAAUGCAUUAGAAUUGUUUUAUUUCCACGUUUGUCGUAUCAUUGAUUUGGUUUGAUGUUUGAUACAAAAUGGACGCAGCAAUCGUCGCAAUCUCAGCAGGAAUUUUCAAAAAAAGAAGGGAAAAAAAUGUUCUUCUUGUAAAUAAGUUGACCGUCUCAGCCUGGUUAAUUUAAAGAGUA